AUGAGACCCUCCGCAUUUCUUGUCGCCGCUCUUGCCGUCGUCCCCGGCGUACUGGCCGUCGACCAGAUGAAGUCUGUCAUCAUCUGGGCCCAGUCCGACUCGAUCAGCGAUGAUAUCAUCGCAAAGGCCAAGCAGUCCAUCAUCGACGCUGGUGGCCAAAUCACUCACACCUAUUCUCUGAUCAGGGGUUUCGCCUGCGUCACACCGGUCAAGGUCCUCGAGUCCGUCCAGGCUUUCAGCGAAGGCCUAGUAAUCGAUGAGGACCACACCGUCACCGGCUCGUAG